AUGUGGAUUGGAGUGGAUCGAGUGAAGGAGGUGAAUGUGCAUAAGCUCUUGAAGGAGUUUGAGAACAUCGAAUUCAACGAAGGGGAGAGUGUUGAAGACUUUUGGAUGAGAAUCAUCAAUCUCGUCGCCAACAUCAAAUUACUCGGUGAGACCCUUGAUGAUACCCGUGUGGUUAAGAAAUUUCUGCGUGUUGUUCCACCUCGCUUCAAUCAAGUCGCCGUCUCGAUCGAGAUGAUCUAUGAUGUUAAGACCCUCUCGGUUGAAGAUUUGGUGGGACGCCUUCGUGCUGCUGAAGAUCGUUUUGAAGAUAGAGUGGAGCAGAUCACUGACAAAGCUGGCCGGCUACUGCUCGUUGAAGAAGAGUGGCUUGAAAAACACAAGAAUCAUUUCCAAGUUAACUCUCACAAGGAGGGAGGCAGUGGAGGCAGCAGUUAG